AUGGAGGUAGCGCAUUGGUUCGUACUGAACAAUUGUGAUGAGAUAAUGACAUACUUAGAUGAGCAUGAAGAGAUGAUAAAGCGAGAACAUCCAUCACAUUUGUAUGGCAAUAAACACCGUGAAUUGUUUCCACAAUGGUUUUUGGAAUAUGUGAAUAAAUUGAAAUCAUUGAAUUCCCCCACUUACAGUGAAGAGUUAUAUAACUUGGCAUUCGAGCCGAUUCACGCUGAAUUGUUCUCGGGUUGCCAUGUUAACGGCGUCAAGGUUUUGGCGACUGCACGAGAUGACAAGUUGUGUACGCAAAACAGCGGUUUCCAUGUCCCAGGUGGAGGCGAAAGUACGAACAUUGAUUUCUAUGGGAAACUCACAACUGUCGUGCAAUUGCUUUACAAAGACCGAUACCAAGUGAUCAUGUUUAACUGUCGAUGGUUUGAUACAACCCCAAAUAGGCAAGGAAGUGUUAAAAUCGACCAUGGCUUACUAUCUGUGAACAUUAACAGAACUUGCCAGACUGGUUGGAAGGUUGUUCAGAAGAUGGAUCAACGGAACGUGUAUGUUAUACCAGAACUAGACCCAACUGACAACAACGUUGACAACAUCGCUGACCAACGUUUGGAAUCUUCCAUGGAAAAUGAUGCAGAAACACUUCGAGAUACAAAUGUUAUACAAGAACCGUUUCAGCUGCAAGGAGUGUCUUCAAUCGAAAUACAGAUUCAGUCAAUUACAAUUGACCUCGGUGAUCUUCUGCGAUACAAUGUUCCAGUGAGCCCGAACUACGAAAGUGAUGAGGAGGAGGAUUGGGAGACCGAAAGUGAUGAUAGUGACGAUAACGAAAGUUAUUAUAGUUCAGAUGAUUAA